GUUUGACCGGUUUGGCAAAGGGUGAAUGAUUAUAUAAGGCGAAACACUUGGAGUUCAGCUUAUCAUAGUCUGAUGAGGGUUAUAGGACUAACAUAUCGGACGCUGAUACAACUCUAGCAAUCAUGGCUAACAAGGAUGACGUUUCAAUUGAGCACAUCAUAAAGAACUGCAAAGCCUUCAAGUCAGGAGGAUGCCCUUACAACGACCCAAGGCUCAAAGCCCUCGCUGCCAAGUGUCCCGCAUUCAAAGACUCCAAGGGUAACUUCUCCUGCCCCUUCGAGGCCCGAGCAGACAACACUUACGAGCUCCGGGUGCUUAUGAGUGAGAUGAAGGACAAGUGCACAGGAAAAGAGGAGUACACCGAGUUCUUUAAGUUGCUGGAUACCAUCAACAAGGAAACAGCCGCGAAGCUUGGCCACUGCCCAUACCAUCAACAUGGCUGCCGCGUCAACAACAUUCCUAUCUUUGAUAACUCCAUCACUCAAUAAGUACAAGAAAUUUAGAGGCGACACGCGACAAAAAAACCCUUGGAUAAGAUGUAUAAUUGAAAACUAAUGAAUAAAGAAGUCGCCCGUC